AUGGCGCAGGCACCGCGCGUGGCGGAAGCCCUCGCGCUCUUCCUCUCGAGGGCGGGGGUCAGCGCCCUCGCGGUCUCCUCGUCGGCCACCCGCCACGCCGUCAACCGCGUCGCGGCCGCGGCGACCUCGUCGGCGGCUGGGCCCUCGUCCUCAGGUUGGGUCGUGUCCGUCUGCACUUCUGACUCCAUCCUCGCCGCGCUACGGACCUGCAUCGCCUCCGCAGUUCGCAGCGCCGUCUGCCACGCCGCCGCCUCCCCGUCGAAGGGCGUGCCCCCCCGCGUUCUCCUGCUUCCACCGCCGCGUGUGUCUGAACCGGCGUCGCUCCUCUACGCUGACGCCGCUGCGGGCACGGGCGCCAUCGACCUGCUCGCGUCCGCUGCGGAAGCCGUCGCGCUCUUCCUCUCGAGGGCGGAGGUCAGCGCCUUCGCGGCCUCCUCAUCGGCCACCCGCCGCGCCGUCGACCGCGUCGCGGCCGCGGCGACCUCGUCGGCGGCUGGGCCCUCAUCCUCAGGUUGGGUCGUGGCCGUCUGCAAUUCCGACUCCGUCCUCGCAGCUCUACGGACCUACCCCGCCUCCGCGGUUCGCCGCGCGGUCUACCACGCUGCCAUCUCCCCGUCGAACGGCGCGCCCCCCCGCGUGCUCCUACUUCCACCGCCGAGUGCGACAGAACCGGCGCCGCUCCUCUGCGCCGACGCAGCUGCGGGCGCGGGCGUGGGCGCGAUCGACCCGCUCGAGUCCUCUUCGACGAUGGUGCUCGCUGCAGCGUGUUCCAACUGCCCCCCCGCCAUCCCCUUCCGCUCCGGACUCCAACUCUGGGGGAACGGCAUCUCCUACCCCUUCGGCUUCCCCGUGACCGGGCAAGGGCUCCCGGCUACGCCGCUGGGGAACUCCGUGGUCUGCAUCCUCGCCGUGAACUGGGAGUGCGUGUUUGCGUCAUUGCCGUCCGACGCCGAGGACCCCGACACGGCUUCACCUCCGCCUCCGCCUCCUCGCUUCGUGAACAGCGUCUCCUCCCGCCUGGUUGUGGCCGCAUCGACCAAUGCACUUGUCCCAGCCUCUUACCUCUCCAACCACGCAGGCUUCGCCAGGAUUUUACGGCGCUCAUUCACGUCGAUUGCUCAUAACCAGAUCUCAAGUGAUGGUGCUGAUGACAAGUUCUGCUCUUCCCCAACCCAACUCCAGACUGUCGAUGACUUGAUCACCCAAAUGAAUGAGAUGGCGUUCAACGAAGAGGAUAAAGUGAAGUUCAAACAAGCUUUCUAUGCAAAAUUCCGAACCCUGAAGACUGCUCUAGGAAUAGCUGAGUUCUUGGAAUAUCAGAAGUAUGGCUAUGAUGAAUGGUUGUGUAUCCUGAAAGUCACCUACAAAAAGAUUGGCCCUCACAGAGAGGCAAUGGAUCUUCAGAUAAAAGAGGAUUUGAGUUACUCCAAAGAAGUAGAAGCAGAAUUCACCAAUGAUCCAGGAAAGGCACUAAAUGCGGUGAAAAUGGACAUUCUCUUGAAGUGGCAUGAAGAAUCAAGAGCUGAUUUGAAGAAAAUUUUGGGGUUUUGUGAUCCAGAAAACAAGAAAAUGGAUUGGGGAACUUUUGUUUUCUUUGGACGCAAGAUUGAUGUUCCAAAGGUGCUGAGCAUUUUCAAACUGUUUGGAUUUUAGUCUAGUGCUUAGGAGUAAUUCUGCAUAUUAGGAGCAGACCUGCGAGGUGAUGACGAUGGAUAAGGAGUUUGUUACAUACAGAUGCAGCAAAGAAUUGUAGGUGAACAUUUGAGGAGAGGCUUGGUCAUUUUUAAGGAAAGAAGCGCUGUAUCUUCUGAUGGAUUAAAGGACUGUACAUUGUUAUGUUGUGGUACUCAUUACAGUACCAAAAAGUGGAUGUUUGCUCUUACAAAUCCUCUUGCUGACCUUAGGCAAACAUUCAAUAUGAAAAGUCCUUGUUUUUCAGAGUUGCUGGCUGCAACUUACUGACAAUUUGUAUCAUGACAUGUUUGGUUCUUUUCUGGCAUCUGAAAUGACAAAUGAACAUGUGUCAUUUUCCAUAGCACCAUUAUA